AUGUGGUUUAUACGCGGUAGACCAAGACAUCCACAAUCUCAAGGUUGUAUCGACUGUGCCAAUGGCGUACUCUGUGAUGCAUUAGGCAAAUGGAUGACACAAAACGAUACAACUCAUUGGUCUGAAGGACUAUUACCUGUUGUCUAUGGUAUCAACACACGUAUGUCCAGCACAAUUAAAACAAGUCCUUAUCAGGUGAUGUGUGGACAAGCGCCGAGAUCGGAUAGUGAUUUUUGGAAAUUAGUUGCGCAAGAUGAAAUUUUGGAUGAGGAAGAUUUACCAAUUCCCGUUGCUUUGAAUGGUGACGUUGAUGAUGAUGUAGUAAUUUCAAAAGAACAAGAUACCGCAUGA